AUGGCUGGGAACAAGAAUAAAGCAGGCUUGAAACACCUGCCUGUCAUAGAGGAGGCUUUUCAGAAGGUGGCCCUGGACUUGGUGAGGGAUGAAUGGGAGGGGAAGGCCUCCCCUGAUGGAGACUCAGUAGUGGAGUAUUUACUGACCUUCCAGGAAAGGUUUGCUGAGCUCAUAGGUCUGGCCAGGGAGAUCCUAGCCAGGGCCCAAGGGAGGCAGAAGGUCUGGUACGACUGCUCAGCCUAUGGCACCAGGGACCAGGUGAGGGUUCCCAUCCUGGUGAGGAAGAAUAAGCUGCAAGCUGCCUGGGACAGGCCCUUCAAGGUCAUCAAGCAGCUGAAUGAGGAGAACGAUGUGGUGGAACUGCCCAACCAGGCUCACAACCACCAAGGGGAUCAGGUCAACAUGAUGGAGCCAUACUUUGACAGGGAGAGGCUGGUGAGCAGGAUGCUGUGGCAGGUGCUUCUGCCGGUGGAGGGGCUCCUGGGGACUGGCGCCUACUUCCCUAAUUACCCUCCCUGUGCAAACAGCACAGAUGGCAGGAGCGCGGACUGCAGCCUGCGUGGCUUCAGACUCAUGCCGGAUAUAUGUUCCAUCAACGUGACCUUCCUGAACCUUGAUGAAAACUUCCUGUCACUGCUGGCCAAUGACUCCUUCUCUGGUGUCCCUCACCUGGAAAACCUCUCGGUCUGCUGGAACUGCAAGCCAGGGCAGCUGCGGAAAGCACAUGAGGAUUGUCAGCUGGUGAUCCAGCCAGGGGCACUGGUCAGUCUUCAUAACCUAAUCAACCUGAGCCUGGCAGGAAAUAGCCUGAAAGCUCUGCCCCCGGUCCCCUCUUCCCUCUGCUUCUUGGACUUGAGUUACAACAAUAUCCUUGUGCUGGGCCCUCAGAGCCUCGCAGGGCUCAGCAACAUGAGGGAGCUACUCCUAGGCAACAACUGCUACUACCAGAACCCGUGCAACACCUCCGUAACCCUUGCACAGGAUACGUUUAAAACCAUAACCUCCCUGAGCCUGAAACAGCUUUCACUGAAGUUUAACAACAUGACUGAGGUUCCCCAGGGGCUCCCACCCACGCUGCACCAGCUUGACAUCUCGGAGAACAAGAUAUCCCACGUGAGCCACCUGGAGAACCUCACCAACUUGAGAUUGCUCAACCUGGAGUGGAACUGCCAGCGAUGUGACCAUGCUGCUCAGCCCUGCUUCCCCUGCCCAGACAACAAGUCCCUGACCUUCAACACGGAUGCUUUUCAGAACCUCGUGAAGCUCAGGAGCUUGAACCUGCGAGGCAACUCCCUGUAUGACCUCAACACCAGCUUCUUCAACAACCUCAGCCGCUUGGAGACCCUGGAUCUGUCAGACAACUUUCUGACCUGCACCAUUAGAAAUGGCACCGUCUUCUCUAUGCUGCAGUCAGUGCAGACCCUAAACCUGGGCUACAAUUACCGUUCACUGGUGACCUUCGAGAACCUGACUCUAUCUGAGUCCUUUGGCCAAAUGAAAGCUUUGAAAAAUCUCAUCAUCAAUGGCUACUUCUUCAGGAACUUGGCUGCAGAUGGGAUCAAACCUCUCUUCAACCUAAGCAACUUGGAGACCCUCCACUUUCAAACAAACUUCAUCAGAGAUGUGAACCUGUCGCUCUUUUCCAAGUGCAGAAGCCUAAAGCUCAUCAGUCUGUCUCAGAACAGCAUUGCCUUCUCCCACCCUUGUGAGAGGAACGGGAAUGGAGCUGGAUCGGGGCCUUGGGGCCUCUCCCAGGAAGGCACUUCGGCAGAGAAUCCCUGGCAUUGGGCGGAGCCUAAAGGAAGAGCUGAGGAAAUGGUGAGGAAUAGCCAAAGCUCCCAUCUCAACUUCCCAGCUGGCAUUCACUGCAACAAGACCCUGGAUUUAUCGUUCAAUAGCAUCCACAGCAUUGAGCCAGCCCAGAUCAAAGGGCUAGAGGAUAUCGACUGCCUCAACCUGAGCUCUAAUUACAUUAGCCAGCCCCUAAAUGGCAGCCAGUUCCUGAUGCUGCAGUCCCUGAAGUUGCUGGAUCUGUCUCACAAUAGGUUUGACCUGUACUAUGGCAGUGCCUUGCAAGAGGUCCGCCACUUGGUUGUGCUGAGCCUCAGCAAUAACCAGUUCCACUUCACAAUCAAAGGCCUGGGGCACAAGUUUGAGUUAUUGACAAACCUCAGCAACUUGAAAUUUCUGAACCUGGACAACAACCAGAUAGGUAUUAGGAUCUCCAAACACCUGGAGAGCCAUUCACUCGAGACUCUGAUCUUCAGCAGGAACCGGCUGGACAUCAUGUGGAUGAGUGGGAGGAAUACCUACCUUGAGUUCUUUGCCAAGUUGCCCAACCUAACGCUCCUGGACAUUUCAUUUAACAAACUGGACUUCAUUCCAGCCGAGGUCAUUGACACCUUGCCCGAAAGCUUGAGAAACUUGUCCAUCGCCUAUAACAACCUCUAUGACUUCCCAUGGGACAAAACGGAAAGACUGAAAAGCUUGGAAUUCCUGGACUUGAGUAAUAAUGCACUGGAGAUGCUAGUAACAGAUGAAGAUUUCUCUAGGAUGAACCUCACGAAGCUCACGAACCUCACAACCCUCAACCUCAGCUACAACAAGAUCAGAUCUCUUCAUAAAGAGUUCUUUUCCAAUGUCAGCUCCUUGCACUUUCUAAACUUGAACCAUAACAAGAUAAAGAUGAUAGAUGAAAGCAGCUUUCCAAACACACUUCUCAAAAGCUUGCAGCACCUGGAUGUGAGCAGCAAUCCCCUGAGGUGCACCUGUGAAGCCCACUGGUUCCUCAUGUUCCUGAAAAGCACUUGCAUCACAAUAGACCAUUUCUCCACUAGCAUGCAAUGCGACCUCCCCGAAUCGAAGCGAGGGCAGCCUCUGCUCUCUAUGGACCCUCGAUCAUGUCAGGAUAUAUAUGGCCACCUAAGCUUCCUGUGCACUUCCCUCAUUGUGACAUUCAUAACCGUGCUUCCUGUCCUACGUAAGCUAUAUGGAUGGGACUUCUGGUAUCUCAGCCACAUCUGCCUGGCCGCAGUCAGAAGAGGCUAUGCUCAGAUGUCCACACCCUCCCUGGAGGAAUAUGAUGCAUUCAUAGGCUUUGACUCCCAACACAGCACGGUAGCUGACUGGGUCUACAACGAGAUGGUGCCCCACCUGGAGGAGAAAGGAAGGAGGAGGUUCAAACUGUGCUUGGAAGAAAGAGACUGGACAGUUGGAAGGUCCAGGAUUGAGAACCUCUGUGACUCCAUCUACAAGAGCAGGAAGACCAUCUUUAUCCUGACGAGGGAGGGGUUUGGCAGCGGCUUCCUGAGGCACACCUUCUUCAUCACCCAACAGCGGCUGCUGGACAACAAGAUGGAUGUGUUUCAGAGUAAGAUGGAUGUGGUUAUCCUGGUGCUGCUGGACCCAGAUAUGAAGAUGUCCAGAUUCCUGCUGGCCCGGAAAAGACUAUGUGGGAGGACAGUCCUGGACUGGCCCGGCAACCCUUUUGCCCAGCCCUACUUCUGGCACUGCAUGCGAGUCCUGCUUGCUCAUGAGGUUCACGACUUUUAUGACUCACACCUGAGGAGAAGCAUUGACAGUUCUGGGGCAGGGGAGCUCCUGCCAGUGGAGAAAGCAGUGGCCAGGUCAACAUUGCGAAGGCCCCGAGAAGCAGCCAGAGCUUGUGCAUUGCAAUGA